AUGGAUGAGGGAGCAUAUACCAACCCUGCAAGUGCGACAAAAGUGGCUUUCGAAGCAUCGCAAUUUCAAAUCAGGCGACAUAGUAGUGAUAGCACAACACGUGGCAAAUGGCCCAUGGAUAUCGUCGAUGCUGUGGAGACAGACGGAGAUGGACUCAUGCAAACGGCUGCGGUGCAUACAGGUGGCGGCAAGACAAAAAGAGAUGUACGUCGUCUGUGUCUAUUAGAAGGAGGG